AUGAUAUCUAUACUAAACACAACCUCUUCUAUUGGCAGCACCAGCCAGCCUUUGACCUCCUGGGCCCAGAGGCAGAAACUCAGGCCCAAGAAGAGCAAAGCAGAACAAGAUUCAUCACAAAUCUUUGAGUACCAGGAGCAGCCGCACAGAGAAGCCCACAAACAAAUCCCUCUGGAGAGCUCAGACUUCCAGGAGCAGUUUCAGCAGCAACAAUCGUCUGGGCUGUCGUCCAGCUUUUUCCCCCUGAGGAGGAGUGACAGCCUGCUGUCUGAGGCAUCAGGGCUCACUUAUUGGCGUUUGCAUGAGAGUGAACUGUAUCACCCUCUACCCGACAGCUUCGACAGCGGUGCUUACCUCCUUCUGCAGGAGGCCUCCAUUAGUCUUACCCCAUCUCAGGAGCCUCGUCUGUCCCUCAAAGAGAUCUAUAACAACAAGCAAAGAACAGACGGUAAACGUUCAGACUGGGAAGGCUCUGUAACAUCCAGUCCUUCGUCACCACAGGUGUUGGACCCAGCUGCUAACCAGCGGCAGUCAGAUCGUACAUCUGGCUUCACUUCGCCCUCUCACUUCAGCAGCCCUUCCUUUGCCGCUCAGCCCCACGUGUACCCCAGAGUAGGAACCCCUGUAACCCCCGACAGCAUGGUGGUGGGCAGUCCCAACCCUGGAGACACAGACUGCAUCUCUGACACCUCCAGUGUUUCAGCUGCCGGGCCUUCCCCCUCUCAUCAGCAGAACCCGUGGGGAAACGUUUCCCAGGCCGUCCUGUUCCCCUCCCAGGAUCAGACCCAGCCCUGCUCACACACAUCCAGCCAGCAGUGCAGGACCAGCGCCCCCUUAGCCAGCGAGGAGGAGGGUAGUAACACCCACACCAGCACCCUGAAGCAUCGUUCUGCCGCCGGUGCUUCUCUGCGGCCUCAACACAUGGAGAGAGCUUCAUCACUGGAGGAUCCUGUCGUCCUUUCUCUACUGCGGCAGAACCUGAGAGAGAAGCACUCUCGACACGUGGCUGAUCUGAAGGCGUAUUACGAGUCUGAGAUUCAAAUCCUGCGAGACAAACUGAAACUCAGAGAUCUGCCCCAGGAUUUAGAGAGGAGCAACCAGGCCCUCACAGAGAGAUGCAGGCACCUGGAGAAAGCUCUAGCCGAGGCCACCAGUCGAGUUCAAGAACUCGAGGCAACAAACAGCCUGCUGGAGAAGAAGCUGGCAGAAUGGCCGGAGCGAUACGCUGUCGCGGCUGCUACCGUGAAGUCCUUGCAGCAGCGAAUGGAAGAAAGCAAACGCUCGGGCAAAGAGAAGGACGCCUCUGCAGCCCGUCUGAAGAGCCACGUACGGCAGCUGGAGGAGAAGCUGCUGAAAACCUGCAGGGAGGCUGAGGAGAGGGAGGCGAGGAGGGAGAGGGAGUCCAACAUGCUGCAGGAUCUGCUUGGACAAUAUGACUCGCUGGUGAAGGAGCACGAGGGACUGAAGGGCAACCUGGUGGCAACGGAGAACAAACUUGACGAUGCCACCGAUCAGAUAUCAGACCUGAAGAGAGUCAUCUCCAAACUGGAGUCUCAGGUCAAGCAGCUGGAGCACGAGAACCAGGCCAGAGCUCGAUACUCUUCCCACAAUAACACACAACCUUCUGGGGCUGGUCUCCUCCACCAUCCUGACCUGCUGAUGUCCCCGAGUAAAGGAAAGGCAGAACCAGAUGUCACGCGCAGGAAAUCCCCUUCUGAACAGCCGAACAGCGGCAGGAAAUCUCCAUUUCUUCAAACCAACCAAUCCAGUAUCCACAAGAAGUCACAUUAUCCAUUUAAUGAUCCAUCAUCGGGAACUGGAAGCUCUGUGGAGAGCUCUUCAGUUGGGGGGAGCUGGAGGUGUGCGUCCCCCCCGGAGUGUGAGCAGUCUCUGCAGCAGCAGCACAGGCAGCAGGAGCAGAGUCAGCGGGAGUCCGGCCCCAGGGAGGGGUCCUCCGCCCUGACGCCCAUGAUGAGGGCCCUGAUAGAGCUGGAGGAGACCAGAGCCACAGAGAGCCGGGCCCCCUGUAAGAACAGCCUCACCCCCUACAGGGUCGGCAAUCAGAGGACCACUGUGGGGUUUGUGGAGCGGAGACACAAAGAGGUGCUGCAGACCGAGAGGGAGGGGGGGAAAUCUGGAGGAGAAGCCAGAGCUGAGCCCAGAGGAAGAGGAGGAAGAGGAGGAGGAGGAGGAGGAGGAGGAGGAGGGGUGGCAAAGAAAAGAGCUGCAGCUCUCCUGAGAGCUCAGAGGAGUCUGUCUCCAGACGGCCACAGGUCCUCCUCACUGCCUCCAGAACAUCGAAACAAACCAACAACUACCCCCACCAAGAGAGGAACUUUACUGAUGCCCAGGUCUGCAAAGUCCAGUCCCAAACGCUGCCCCUCUGAGAACUACUCCACUGCUUUUGGUCACCUGAUGCCAAGAGACGCACACAUGCACAAAAGGACUGAUGAUGAAGUUGACCAGAGGCGUGAUUCAUUCCACAACGGCAGUCCCAGGAAGAGACUCCAGUUUUCCUCAGCAGACAGAGAAGAUG